AUGGCGAGAGGCGGCAACAACACCAACAACCCGAAACCCCCUACCAUGGAAGAGAUGAUGGCCAUGAUCAAUGGCUUAAGGGAGGACAAUGCACGAUCCAGGGAGAGAGAGGAGGCCACUCAACGCGAGAAUGAGGAGAUAAGGAGAAGAGCUGACGAGCUGCAGGCCAGAGUAGCGACCAGUACUAGGACUGUUGAGGAGGACGUCAUGCCGGAGGUCCCUAGGGACUUUCGACCAUUCUCGGAGGCCAUAGAGGCCGAGAUGAUCCCUAGGGAUCAUCGGAUACCGCAGAUCGAGCCUUUCGAUGGAACGCAAGAUCCCAGUCAGCACUUGACGGACUUCCGGGCUCAAAUGUUAAUCUGUGGAGGGAGCAUGGAAGUCCGUUGCAAGUUGUUCAUGGGCACUCUCAAGAAGGCAGCGCUCGACUGGUUUAGCGGUCUCCCGGAUCGGGCAAUCACCGAUUUCGAUGUUUUCAGCCGGCUCUUCAUGGCGCAAUUCACUGCUAACAAAAAGAAGCCGCCGAUCACAUCAGAUUUGUUCGACCUCAAACAGCAACGCGAGGAAUCUCUGAAAGAUUUCCUGCAAAGAUUUAAUGAGGUCGCUUUGAGGAUAACAUCAUUGGACGAGAAGAUGGCAGUUAUCGCAUUCCAGAAAGGUCUGAGGUCUGGGGCUUUCGACAUUGCACUCGAAAGAGCGAACUGUCAAACGAUGUCGGAGGUAAGGGCUUUUGCUUUGAGCCACAUCAAGACGGAGGAAAACCAGAUUGUUAAAAGGGCGGCUGAGAACCGAGAAGCAGGGGUCAGCAAUAAAGAGGGAAACAAACAUCUUCGACCUCGGUCAGACUGGAGUAAGCGGCGCGACCGGUACAGUGCGAAGGAGGGCAAUUACCGACAGGCCAAUCAUGGUGGUCGGUCAAGAGGCGAGUGGAUGCGUGGCGAUGAAGAAGAGAAGUUCACUCCACUCACUGUUCCCAGGAGACAGAUACUCCACGACGUUAAUAGUGCGUCGCUGUUUAAGUUCCCAGCAGCGACGGAGCGUCAGUUGGGCCCUUUCAAAACUGCGUGGUGUGAGUUCCACGGGACUCACGGGCACUCAACUGAAAAUUGUUUCGUUCUGGGAAGGCAGAUCGAGCGGUUGAUCAAGGAGGGACGACUGAAGGAGUUUGUAGCGAAAAAGCAGGAGGGAAGCUCGACGGAUAGGCGACCCAGGCGUACGCAAGAUGACACCAGGAGGGAUAGGCGUAGAGAGAGAACUCCCCCCGGAGACGUGCCAGCAAAACCGUCGGAAGCCCAUCAGCGACCAAUCCAUGGGGAUUUCAACACCGUAGCGGGGGGCUUCGCGGGCGGGGGAAUUACCUCUGCUGCACGAAGAAGGUACACUCGGUCAGUGCUCACCUUAUCGGAGUUCAGGCGACCUACUCAGCCGGUGAUUUCGUUCUCGGACUCAGAUUAUGAGGGAGUGGCCCCUCAUGAGGACGACCCCGUCGUCGUAUCGGCGAUCGUCAUGGGAUACAACGUGAAACGUGUAUUGAUUGACCAGGGAAGUUCCGCUGACAUUUUAUUUUGGGAAACUUUUGAGGGGAUGAAGAUACCUAACGACUGA